UAAGAUUCUUCUUGUCGCUACCGGCAAAAUGCACUUUUUACUGAAUUAUAACAUCUAUUCCACUGUACAUGUUGUACCGUAGCCGUUAAAUACAGAAUUUGCCGGCUAUUUUGCAUGAUACAAUUUUUUGAAUAUUCUCCUCACUUUAUUAAUUCAAAAAAAAUUUUUUUGUUAUUUAUUAACCCAAAAAACAUUUUUAAUUUUUUUUACAUUUAUUUCAUUAAUUUUCUAGUUUUUUUAUUCUGAAAUGCCGGAAAAGUGUCGCGUGGCGGUGUUGGGCGCCGGCGCCAGCGGUCUGGCCCAGCUGCGCGCCUUCGAAGCGGCCCGGCGCGCCGGCAUCCCCGCCGACACCCUCCCGGACGUGGUCUGCUACGAGAAGCAGAGCGACUGGGGCGGCAUCUGGAACUACACGUGGCGCACGGGAUUAGACGAAUUCGGCGAACCGGUCCACUCCAGCAUGUACAGAUACCUGUGGUCUAACGCGCCCAAGGAGUGCCUGGAGUUUGCAGACUACACGUUUCUCGAGCACUUCGGGAAGGCCCUUCCCUCGUUCCCGCCGCGGGUGGUGCUGUGGGAUUAUAUUACCGGAAGGUUAAAGAAGAGCGAUGUGAGGAAGUAUAUUUGUUUUUGCACGGUGGUCCGGUGGGUGGAGUUCGAUGAGGAGAGACAGAAGUUCCGGGUGACGGUGAAGGAUUUGAAGGGGGAUGUGACGCGGACGGAGGAGUUUGACUGGGUGGUGGUGGCCACGGGCCAUUUUUCCGUUCCACAUUUUCCGGUUUAUCCAGGGAUGGAUAAGUUUCCCGGGCGCAUCCUGCAUUCGCACGACUUCCGGGACGCGGCGGAAUUCGCUGGUAAAAACGUGAUGGUUAUUGGGCGCAGCUACUCGGCCGAAGACAUCGCUGUGCAGUGCCACAAGUACGGCGCGGCCUCCGUUAUCAUCAGCUCCCGUCGCGGCCCCUUCGGCUUCGACUGGCCCCCCGGCAUCACCGAACGCCCGCUCCUGCGGGAGCUCCAAGGGAAGACCGCCCACUUCCGGGACGGGAGCACCGCGGAGGUGGACGUCAUCAUCCUGGCCACGGGCUUCCAACACCACUUCCCCUUCCUCCCGGACACCCUCCGCCUGCAGACCGCUAACCUCUUUUACCCGCCCAACCUCUACAAGGGAAUAUUCUGGAACAACAACCCGCGCCUGAUCUAUCUGGGGAUGCAGGACCAGUGCUUCACCUUCCCGCUCUUUGACGCGCAGGCGUGGUACGCGCGGGACGUCAUCCUGGGACGGAUCACCCUCCCGGGGCGGGAGGAACGCGGGCGGGACGCGGCGCCGUGGCGGGAGAGGGAAGCGGCGUGGACGCCGGCGCAGAAGGACGAGGGGAUAAUGAUCCACUUCCAGGGGGAGUACGUGCAGGACCUCCUGGACGCCACGGACUAUCCCAAGUUCGACGUGCAGGCCAUGGUGCGGACCUUCGAGGACUGGGAGCACCAGAAGGUGGGAAAGGGAGGCAUCCUGACCUACCGGGAUAAAGCCUACAAGUCUUUGAUCACCGGGUGUAUGGCGCCGGAACACCACACCAAGUGGAUGGAGGAGCGCGAUGAUUCCUUUGAUAACUUCAUCCAUGGCCCAGCAAAAAACUAGGCAUGCCGGCUUCCGCUUCCUAACAUGCAGCUCAUUACUGUAGCCGCGCGUCCGAUCGGGGGCAGGCAGCGCCCGGAUCUAAAAGUGGUGCAAACUUAUCGCGCGGCUACAGUAAAUAAGCUAGUUUUUUUAUGGUAUGUUUAUUUACGAAUUGUUGCCGUCAAUUUUACAACAUAAGACUGACCUGAGUCACGCAGCUUAAAGGUCACAACUGGAAAAAAGAAACUUGAGGAAACUUCAGGAGGCCUAAGGAAACUUUAAAAAUUCCGAAUACAGCAAUA